AUGUCAAUGGAUAGGGGCAAAAAUAGAACUGGACUCUUCUGUGGCAUCCUGGCUGAAGGUGGCAUUCCCAGAACCGGACCCCUCAGCAUCAUCCUGGCUGAAAGUGGCGUUGACAGAACCAGACCCCUCAGCAUCAUCCUGGCUGAAUGUGGCAUUCACAGAACCGGACCCCUCAGCAGCGCCUUGGCUAAAGGUGGCAUUCACAGAACCGGACCCCUCAGCAUCAUCCUGGCUGAAAGUGGCGUUCACAGAACCAGACCCCUCAGCAUCAUCCUGGCUCAAGGUGGAGUUCACAGAACCGGACCCCUCAGCAUCAUCCUGGCUGAAUGUGGCAUUCACAGAACCAGACCCCUCAGCAUCAUCCUGGCUGAAUGUGGCAUUCACAGAACUGGACCCCUCAGCAUCAUCCUGGCUCAAGGUGGAGUUCACAGAACCGGACCCCUCAGCAGAAUCCUGGCUGAAAGUGGCAUUCACAGAACCAGACCCCUCAGCAUCAUCCUGGCUCAAGGUGGAGUUCACAGAACCGGACCCCUCAGCAGAAUCCUGGCUGAAAGUGGCGUUCACAGAACCAGACCCCUCAGCAUCAUCCUGGCUCAAGGUGGCGUUCACAGAACCGGACCCCUCAGCAUCAUCCUGGCUGAAUGUGGCGUUCACAGAACCAGACCCCUCAGCAUCAUCCUGGCUCAAGGUGGAGUUCACAGAACCGGACCCCUCAGCAGAAUCCUGGCUGAAAGUGGCGUUCACAGAACCGGACCCCUCAGCAUCAUCCUGGCUGAAUGUGGCAUUCACAGAACCGGACCCCUCAGCAUCAUCCUGGCUGAAUGUGGCGUUCACAGAACCAGACCCCUCAGCAUCAUCCUGGCUCAAGGUGGAGUUCACAGAACCGGACCCCUCAGCAGAAUCCUGGCUGAAAGUGGCGUUCACAGAACCGGACCCCUCAGCAUCAUCCUGGCUGAAUGUGGCAUUCACAGAACCGGACCCCUCAGCAUCAUCCUGGCUCAAGGUGGAGUUCACAGAACCGGACCCCUCAGCAGAAUCCUGGCUGAAAGUGGCGUUCACAGAACCGGACCCCUCAGCAUCAUCCUGGCUGAAUGUGGCAUUCACAGAACCGGACCCCUCAGCAUCAUCCUGGCUCAAGGUGGCGUUCACAGAACCGGACCCCUCAGCGGCGUCCUGGCUGAAUGUGGCAUUCACAGAACCGGACCCCUCAGCAGAAUCCUGGCUGAAUGUGGCAUUCAAAGAACCGGACCCCUCAGCAGCGUCUUGGCUAAAGGUGGCAUUCACAGAUCUGGACCCCUCAGCGUCAUCCUGGCUCAAGGUGGAGUUCACAGAACCGGACCCCUCAGCAGAAUCCUGGCUGAAAGUAGCGUUGACAGAACCGGACCCCUCAGCAGUGUCUUGGCUAAAGGUGGCAUUCACAGAUCUGGACCCCUCAGCGACACCCUGGCUGAAAGUGGCAUUCAUAGGACCAGACCCCUCAGUAGCAUCCUGGCUGACGGUGGCGUUGACAGGGCCGGACCCCUCAGUGGAAUCCUGGCUGAAGGUGGCGUUGACAGGACCGGACCCCACUUCAUCGUCCAGGCUGAAUGUGGCGUUGAAAGAACCAGACCCCUCAGCAGCAUCCUGGGUGAAGGUGGCAUUCAAAGAACUCAACCCCUCAGUGGCAUCCUGGCUGAAGUUGCCAUGCAGGUGGAGAGAGUUUGAACUGGAUACAUUGACCUGAUUGC